UGAUAUAGUGUGUGUAUGCACUAUAAUAAACAACGGGUGAAUCAGUCAAGCAAGCAAGCUUGGGUUGACAAUAACUUAUUUCUAAACAUGGCAAGUGUCAAUAAAGAUCUGGUAAAAGAAAGGAAAUCGGCAACAUUCGACAAGGAAUUGCUGACAGAGAUAUUGUACAACGGAAAAGAGGGAGUAAAGAGACGUCGUUACUUGCAGAACAUAGCCAUACAGGAUCCGUACUUGAAGUCGCUGACGCCAUGGUGGAAUCGAGAUCGCGAGACGCACUACGACAUCGCGCUCAAAAAGGCCGUGUAUCUAAACCAGCUGAUGGAGAAAAUGAACAUCACUGCCCCUAUUGAUAUGUUCAUACUACGCGAGGCGGCUGCAUGCCAGGAGAACAACCCCCUCGGUCUGCACCAGGUGAUGUUCAUACCCACCAUAGAGAAGCAGGGAACCAAAGAACAGAUUGAGAAGUUCCUGCCGCCUGCCCGGGCAAUGAAAUACAUCGGCACGUACGCACAGACAGAGCUGGGCCACGGCACAUUUAUCAGAGGACUGGAAACCACAGCAACCUAUGACCCAAAAACAGAGGAAUUUAUUAUCAAUAGUCCAACAUUGACUUCCAUGAAAUAUUGGCCGGGCUCAUUGGGUAAGACCUCCAACCAUGUGAUACUGAUGGCUCAGCUGCACUCCCAGGGGAAGAACCAUGGUAUUCAUGCCUUCGUGGUCCAGAUCAGGAGCCUUGAGGAUCACAGACCUCUCCCUGGAAUAACGGUGGGGGACAUUGGAAACAAGUUGGGCUAUGAAGGCAUGGACAAUGGUUUCCUGAUGUUCAACAAUGUUCGCGUACCCAGGGAUGCCAUGCUUAUGAGAUACUCUAGGGUCGAGAGAGAUGGUACGUAUGUUCCGCCAAAGAACGCGAAAAUUGCAUACGGAUCCAUGGUGUUCAUUCGAGCCAUGAUCGUGGGUGACAUGGGGCGCUCGCUCGCCCAGGCAUCGGUCAUCGCCAUUAGAUACAGCGCUGUUAGAAGACAGACAGAAAUAAGACCCGGGGGCGAAGAACCCCAGGUGAUUGACUACCAGACGCAGCAGGAGAAGUUAUUUCCACUGCUGGCUGCCUCCUAUGCAUACAUAUUCAUGGGGUAUCACAUGGCAGUUGAGUACUUCAGGGUCACUGCCGAGAUUGAGCGUGGAAACAUGGAGGAAAUGCAGUCGCUCCAUGCUCUGGCAGCCGGUCUUAAAGCCCUUUCUUCGGACUUGGCCAGUAGCGGGGUAGACCGUCUGAGGGUCUCAUGCGGAGGUCAUGGUUACUCUCUUGCCAGCGGGCUACCCAAGAUCUUUACAAAUAUCACGCCAGCAAUGACAUAUGAGGGAGAGAACACAGUCAUGUACCUACAGUGUGCAAGGUACCUUAUUAAGAUGUAUGCCCAGGUGGCAAGUGGUCAGCAGCUUUCUGGGUUCAUAAGUUACCUUAGCAACAAGCCCCGCCCACACAGCGGGGUCAAUGAGGCUCUCAAACUAGAGGACUUGAUUGAGUUGUAUGAACAUGCGGCAUCCAGAUUGAUCCAAGGUGUGGCCAUGAAGAUGCAGUCAUUGAUGAAAAGCGGGAAACCAGAGGAGGUCGCCCGUAACAUGUGCAGCGUUCAGAUGGUGCAGGCAUCCAAGAUGCACAGUGCAGCCUAUGUGGUGAGGACGUUUGCAAUGACCAUCCAGGCCAAGGUCACUGACCCGAACCUUGCCAAGGUGAUGACCACCCUAUGCCAGGUUUUCGCUGUGGACGGCAUACUGCAAAAGACAGGAUAUUUCUUGAUGGAUGGUUUCUUGAGUGGCAAGCAGGCACAGAUGUUGGCAGAAAGGCAGAUGGCUUUGUUUGCAGAGAUCAGACCCAAUGCCGUUGCUCUGGUGGACGCUUUUGAUUACCCAGACGAGGUGCUACAGAGCUGUUUAGGCCGCUAUGAUGGCAAUGUCUACGAAGCCCUGUUUGAGUACGCAAAGAACUCCCCCCUCAAUAAGGCUGAUGUUUUACCAUCCUACCACACUGUUUUGAAGCCACUGAUUCAAGGGGAGUCAUCUGCACCUGCUGCAAGACUGUAAUUGUCUCCCUUGACAAGAAAGCAAAGUUGACUCCUUUUUCCAACUUCGUACAUUAGUGCAAUGUGUAAGAUAGAAUUAAUUUUUGAAUUGUUGGGGCCACAUUUAGAAAAAAAAGACAGGAACUAUAAAUAUUGAUACAUACAAAAAAUUACUAAAGUAAAUAGUAUGCAUGUAUAAAUCAUUGUUAUACUUCAUCACAUGAGAGACAAAGAGUGCGAGCCAUAGGUAAACGACAGUCCUACACUCAGCAUAUAUGGUGAAUAUGUGAUCAUAACUAUAUGUCUUCACCCUUUACCACUUAUAUACUUAUUUUUACACAUUUGUAGUCCCUUAGAAAGUUAAAUUUAAGACCUUUCUUACUAGAUUCAAGUUUUAAAUGCUUCAUUUCCAACCCUUAGAUACUGAUGAGCAGCAAACAGCAUAAAACCUGAACAGACUGUGAGUUACUUGCAGGCUGUUCUGGUUUUAUUCUGUUUGCACAUAGCCAUUCUCACCUUGCUUCUAAUAGGGAAAGGGUUAAACUGUAUAGUUAGUUUCAGUCAAAAUCAGAUAAGUAUUUUCACAAUCACUUCUAAUAAUGUACAUGUAUAGACUUAUGAAGAUUGAAUAGCUAUAAUGCUCUUUAAGUCUUUUUAUUAUGGAAUCCAUUUUAAUGAUUGUUUUGUUAUAUAUGUUACUGUAUUUAAUCAGUUAUUUUUUGUAUAUAAAUCCUAGAGUUAAUUGUCUUUUAGAUAGGCAUAUUUAUUAGCAGUUUUGUGUCAUAUGCUUUAUGUAUAAGGUAAUAACUAAAAAGAAAAAAAAGAAAUAUUAAGUAAAUUAUAUUUAUAGUAAAUUGGGUACAUCAUAUGAAAAGUUUGAAAACAGAAAAUCUAACAUUUCGAUGGAAGAUUUGUAUUAACUCUUUUUCUUAUAUUGUUAAGAUUAUUUUAUUUUUACUUUUUAAAAUAAUUACUUUAAGAAUUGUGUAAUUUUUAUUGACAUUAUUAUAUUUGAUGUAAGAAUGCAUUAAAUAGCAACUGUUGAUAGAUUUAUACAGAAUUAAUUUAUUUGUUCACUUGUUAUUUAUACAAAUAAUUUGUUGAUUUAUAAAAAAUAAACCAUGUGUAAUAAGUA